CGUGAGGAAUGAGACCUGAUGCGGACACAGCGGGAGGGGGGGAAGAUCUUUAACGAUUGUCCUGUUACAUUGUUUUUAAGAUCAUGCUUCAGACGAACACUUCAUGAUUCCUUUUUAAACUUUCAGGGUAACAUCUGCUUUCUUAACAUCGUGCAUAAAAUAAUAAAAUUGACGUAGCAGUCGGACGACUCCGGCCAAACAUGGGAAAACCGAUCUCCAGAAGCUCCAGUCUGAGCAUUGUGAUGAUAUUUUUAAAUGUUUGGAUCCUAUUUGGACAGUGCACAGUAGAGGGGCAGAGUAAAGGACUUGGAAAUAUUUCUCCCACAGCUGGGGAUAGGGCCAGUGUACCUCAGUCUUGGUCACGUCAGCCCACUGAAGGAGCUCCACUGGCACCCAUCACAGAGUCCCCUGUGGUGCAGAAGAAGGUCUCCAAUGUCCACUUAAAGCCGGAGGACAUUGAAAAGCUGAAGUUCAAGCCAACAGUGGGAAAUGUGCACCUGUCGGAAGGCACAGAAGUGAAGAUUAACUGCUCCAUUGAGGUCCACGACAUUUCUCCCAAUCUGCACAUUCAAUGGUGGAAGGAUGGCGAGGAGCUCUCGGGGAGUCAGCAGGCAGUAUUGAAUGACCUGCAAACCACAGAUAAAGAGGUGUCCACCAUUCUUUCAACACUGAGUAUUAAGAAUGUACAGCGCUCUGAUGAUGGGGAAUACUGCUGCAUUUUGAGUAUCAGUGAUACACUGAUAGAGUCUGAUCGCAUCCAGAUACACAUUGAAGGGUUGCCGAUGUUCAUUAAAGAACCAGAGCAUCUGAAUGUCAGCAGAAACACCCCUUUUAACCUGACCUGUGAGGCAGUGGGUCCCCCAGACCCCGUCAGGAUCGAGUGGCUGCAGAAUGGGGUGAAAAUCAACACCCCAGCAUCUUUCUCCCCUUCAUAUAUCACCGUUCCAGGUAUAGAGGAGGCAACACACUUCAGUUGUGAAGCACAUAAUGACAAGGGACUUUCUACUUCAAGAGAAGCACAGAUUAACAUCAAAGAAGCUCCUUCACCACCUACUGAUCUGUGUGUGACAGCCCGAGCGUCUCACAGCUUGCUUCUGAAGUGGACACCUGGUCAUGAUGGCUUCUCUCCUCUUAGCACCUGCCAAGUUACAGUGGAACAGAUCCAAGAGGUUGUGAUUCUAGAUGGCGUCUCCCAGAGAAUCAUGAACAUCUCUGUGCCACCCUUUGAGUGCAACAUCACGGGUCUCCAAGCUGCAACCUUGUACAAUAUCAGUGUGUCCUGCAGGAACGAAAUUGGAUGGUCCCAACCCAGCUUUUGGAUUGAAAGCAAUACCACUGAAGGAGUUCCCUCUGUACCCCCGUGUAAUGUGACGGUGCUGCUCAGUGGGUCCGAGCUGUUGGUGACGUGGGAGAGCCCUCCGAGAGACAAAAUGAAUGGAGUUCUGCAGGGAUAUGACCUCCUCAUCAGCAGUGUGGCAAAAACAUAUACUGUCCGCAAAGGGCUUGUCAAAGCAACUAACAUUUCCUUGGAAACUUUCAACAUGACCUACAGUGUUCAAGUGGCAGCAUAUACUCAAGGGGGGACAGGCAUCUUCAGUGAUGCGGUGCAGGUCUUUUUACCUGAGCGUGACCCCAGGUUGGCUCCAUCUUCUCUUCCCCCGACUGGAAGCUCCAAUGCAGUGUACAUUGUCUUGGGCAUUGUGUGUGGCAUCUGUCUCAUGAUGCUCAUCUUGUGCUUGGCAAUUUUUAUCAGGAACAGAUCCAUGGACACCAGGUUUGGACGAGUUAUUGGAAACGGAGAAGAGAUGCAGCCAGUCAUACUGUACAGAGCCAAGAGAUCCUACAACCGGAGAGCCAUUGAAAUGACAUUAAGCAACCUGGGAAUUAGCGAAGAAUUGCAAGCAAAAUUGCAUGAUGUCAUGAUUGAGAGGAGCUUACUUUCAAUAGGAAAAAUCCUUGGUGAAGGAGAAUUUGGAUCUGUAGUGGAAGGUCAUCUGAAAAGGACUGAUGGAAGAAAUGAAAAAGUAGCAGUGAAAACUAUGAAAUUGGAUAGUUUCUCACAGCGAGAGAUUGAAGAAUUCCUAAACGAAGCUGCCUGCAUGAAGGAUUUCCACCAUCCCAAUGUCAUCAGCCUGCUCGGCGUAUGUUUGGACGUCAGUUCCACCCACUUCCCCAGACCUAUGGUGAUCCUGCCCUUUAUGCAAUACGGGGAUCUUCAUAGCUUCCUACUGCGGUCACGACUGGGAGACAGUCCGCUGUACUUACCACUGCAAACGCUGUUAAAGUUCAUGAUUGACAUUGCCCUAGGAAUGGAAUACCUUAGCAGCAAGAAUUUUCUCCACCGGGAUUUAGCUGCAAGAAACUGCAUGUUGCGAGAUGAUAUGACUGGCUGUGUAGCAGACUUUGGCUUGUCAAAGAAGAUCUACAGUGGAGAUUAUUACAGACAAGGAAGGAUAGCAAAGAUGCCUGUUAAAUGGAUUGCAAUUGAAAGUCUAGCAGACCGUGUUUUUACUGUCAAGAGUGAUGUGUGGGCGUUUGGCGUGACAAUGUGGGAGAUUGCAACCCGUGGAAUGACCCCCUACCCAGGAGUCCAGAACCAUGAGAUUUAUGACUACCUCCUUGAGGGACACAGGCUCAAACAGCCAGCGGACUGCCUGGACAAGCUGUAUGAAAUAAUGUCCUCCUGCUGGAGAACGGAGCCAGCGGACCGGCCGUGCUUCACACAAGUCAGGGUGAUGCUGGAGAGGCUGGCGGAGGGGCUGCCGGAGGCAUCCAGCAAGGAGGAUAUCAUUUACAUCAACACUAGCCUGCCGGAGGAGCCGCCGAGCCCAGUGAUGCACCUCCCUCCCGACUCCGAGCGGGCCCCUGAGACCUGCGCAAGGACUGGCCGUGGGACCUCUGCCGUGGCGGUAGACGUCCAUGAGCCCAUGAACAGUGAGGACAGAUACGUUGUCGUGAUUGCUCCCGAGGAGCCUGUCUCGUCCGGAGACCCGAGUGCUCCUCUGCUUCAGGAUGGCAACGCUGAGCAGCCCGGUUGCAGUCGGUCCUGUAGUGCGCCUUGUGCUGAUCAGUCUUCGGAGGAUUCUGUGAUUAUGCUGUGAGAAAGCGUUACUGAACACCGGUGGUUUGAAUUGAAAACAAACCCUGACUGUGACUCAAAAACAUCCUGCUGAAGUUGUGCUUUUUUUUUUAAUAAGCAAUCCUCCCGCUGCUGAACCAACAGAAGAAUCUGAUUUCACCACCACAUGGUAAACCAGCAGGUGUUGUUAUUGUAGGCCAUUGAGUCACGUCUGCAAAUAAGCCUCUGGCCAUGUGGAAGGCUAAACAAUGAAGAGCUUUCAUUUGUUGAAGGUUUUGCCGGCAAGUGUUAUCUCUUCCCGAUAGAGGCAAAAACUACCAGUUGUUUUAUUGAUGACUCAAAAUGAGAGAAUAAUGGGUAGUAAGUAUUUUUACAGUUGUUGUUUACUUUCAAAGGCCAGUGUAAUGGAUGUUUGAAGUAUUGUUAACAUUUUUAUGAACUUUGAUUCUUUCAAAUAUACAUUAUUUUCAUCUCUAAGCUGUGACAGCCCAUAUGGGACUGUCAUUAUUCUCUGAAGCAAAAAAAGAGCUGGAGACUGCAGUUUUUCUGUCCAUUUUCUUGUUCUUUAUUGAGUUUCUUGCAACAUCACGAUUUUCCACAUCUUUCCAUUGUCCCUCUUUCUGUUCUUCACUGACUCGUCCUUUUCAUAUAAAUUUAAACUGUGACAAUUCACACAUCCCAUCGCAAGCAAUUACAACAGGUGCUAACUAAUUACAUAAGUGAUCUGUUUACAACUAAUUUAGUCUCUGAUGCUGCCUCUGUGAUGGAUUGUAGUUGCAGCCCAAGCAGGCAAGCAAGCUCCUUCGUCUGCUACACACUUAUAUGUGGAGCUUUUGGGGAAUCUUCUCACAUCAUGAUUCAUACCUGUCAAGCCAUGUAGCUUAUAUGUAAACUGCUCUUACAAACUGUCAUACAGAAAAGUAAAAACUCCUGGAUUAAUAUAUUUCAUGUCUUACAUGUAAAGAUUUCAUGUUCUCCCAACAUUCAACGUGGGUUUUCAAAGAAACCUCUGAUUUGAUUGGCUAUUUGAUACUGUCCCUUUCUCUGUAGCUCUCUAAUGGCUUGCAAUCCUGUCCAGGGCAAGAGCAGUCAUGUGUACCCUAUGUUUAUGUAAUAGGCUGCCAGUUUGCACAGAAAUCACCAGGAUAAGCAGGUUGAGCAUUUUGGGCUUCCUAACAUUUUAUACUUAAACAGUAUUUUUCCCCAGUUUCAUUGCAAAAACCAAUUUACGAACAAGAAUACAAACUACGUCUCGUCAAUACUCAUUCUCUCCUAUCCUUGGUAUAAAUAAGUGUCUCUUGUUCUCCAAUCUAAAUCUGUUCUCUCAUAACCUCUACUGCUGUACUCAGAUUCUUGUGCCAGAGCUGAGUUUAUAAGGGAAUCCUUUGGGUUCACUUAUUAAUAAACUUUUUGGAUUAUGAAAUUAAGUAUGUGAAAAAAUAACUUGAAUGUUACUCUUUUCAAUGUACUUAUUUGUCUUUUACCUGUUUCUUACACCUAAUGAUUAGGAAGAUAUUUAUAUUUUUAUUUUUUUAAAUGUCAUUUGCUUUUUACAUUUCUUAGUAUGGUUUACCAUGGACAGCAGUAUUGAUACAGACUUAAAACUAUGAAAAAGUAAUCUCAACAGUUACAAAAUGUACUGUAUGUGCUCUUUUCCAUCUUUAAAUUGCUGUCUAAAUCAGUCUUGCGAAGCUAAACAAUCCUUAACACUUCAAUAUUUUUGUAAGAUUUUAUACCUAAAACUUAAAAAUUAGUACACUGUACACUGAAGUGUAAACUGAAUUAUAUCUGAUUAUGCAAUUCAGUGUGCCAGUUUCUGUAUGAAGAAUGAUAUGUAUAUUUUUUUAACCAGAUCUCAUUGGUAAUUAAGUAUGGCUCAGAACAUGCUCACCAGUUCUAUGACUGGCAUUUAAGUUGCAAAGAUUUUGUUAUUUAAACAAAGGAGACCUAAACUGUGAUGAUAGUGUUCUUUGGUGCAAUGCGAUUCUAUUCAUUGUUUUAGAAUCUGUGUAUAUUGUAUUUUCUGAGAGGAUCUUCAAUUAUAUCUAGACUUUUGUAUGUCUAAAUGUUUCUGUACAUUUAUGGUGAUUUGAAAAUAUUGAUAGUCUCAGAGUUAAUGUAAAACACAUUAAAAUGAACUUUUUGACUGCAUAUAAUCUGUACCUUCCAUGCAAAAUGUUUUAUAUAUUCCUAACAAAAUACUAUAACAAAUUAUUUUAACAAAUAUUUGUAAGACCUUGCAUUAUUUAAGUAUGUUGAUUUUUUUUCUGUGUAUACACAACAAAAUUUCAGUUGUUUUUCAAGUGAAUCUAGUAUUCAUACAUUACAUUUACACGACAAAAAUACCGUUGUCAAAUUUCGAAUACCCACCAGACUUGAUGAAAUGUAAACUAUCAUUUUUUUUCCCAAUUUUAAACGAAAUCGUGAAAAUAUUUCAAAUGAUUUUAUUUCGUGGUACAAUAUGGGAAUUCUAAAAUUCGAAUAAACUGAUGUUCUGGCAGAAAGGGUAUCGCCUCUUUCUCAGUGGUAGAGACACAGCUCUUUCUCCAUCUGGUGGUAGUUUCUAGCACUUUUGACGGGGGUGAGGGGUUCGAAUAUUACCCAACCACUGUUGCUUUCGACAACUGUCACAGAUUGCACGGUGACAUCAUCUUUAAAUAGUGAACAUGCAUUACGUUUUAUCGGAUUAAGUGCAAUACACCAGCCGACCAGCAAAUCCCGAAACCAGUCCUUGCAAUCAUCUUUACACAAAAAAAGUGUCUGGCAAACACCAGCUAUUAGUUUUCAUUAUUCGAAUUUCUGCUUGGCAGAUUGACCAAAAAAGUAUGCAUUUUAAUAACUGAUGCAUUUUAGUGCAAGGUUAAAGGUUGAAAGAAUAGCUAGAAAGGUCUUGACGAUUGAACAAUUAAAUCCUGACAACGAUGUACAUACAGUACACGCUACUUCUUAAAUUAAAUAGCAACGUUAUGGUUCCCGGUCUUAAUACUUUUGAUUUCAACAACAAAAGGAAAUACAAUACAAACAAGAGUACAUAUAACAUACCAAUAAAAUCGUCAGGGCUACGUAUUGCAAUACAAAUACACUCUAUGAAAACCAUUUAAACUGUAAAUAAAGAUAAGGUCCGCACAGCCAUCAUGUUUUUACAUUUCGAAAUAGUCUGCAAAUACCCCUUUACAUCUAUUUUUAACUGUUCAAACAGGACUCUUCUCAGACCAUUUCACUUUAUGUAUUUAAUAACGUGCCCCCAUUCUUAAUACUGACCCUAC